ACAUAUAUAUAUACAAACAUCUUAUAAUAGUUGUGUAACAGUAGUAGUGUAUUUCAUUCAUAUCCCUGCAUGGAAUUCUCCUAAAAGAGAUUUUGGAGAGAGAGGAGAGAGAGUGGGAGAGGAAAGAGUCAUGGUAUCUGUUUUUAUUGUUUAUCUUAACAUACAUAGCCACCACCACCUCUUUGGUUCUUGUUCAAAAUUCUGACCCCAUUUGCUUGCAAAAGUCUCAUCUAUCUCUGUCAAAAUUCUGUGCAUUUUUUUACAAUUUUAAUGCUGGUGAGAUUUACAUGGAUAUGGAAUUCAAAAGGGUCUACUUAGGGUGUGUGUGGGUCUGUUGUUUUGUACUUACCAAAACUGUCACAUCUUGGAGCUUUGGUUUUCUUGAAAACUGAAUUUUAGUUUGUGAUCUGUGUCAUUCAGAUUUGGAUUUUUAGCUUGGCCCAUUUUGAUAUAGUUUGUUUCUUGAUUUGGGUAUGUUUAGAUUUUUACAUUGAAGAUGUUUAUGAGCAGAUGGAUGUAGUGUAGUUGUUUAUGGUUUUGUUGCUUGUGCAAGGUGUUUGAUCUGUGUUUUUAUCAAUUGGGUGUUUUUUGUUUUUGGUGUUUGAUUAGAAAAUACAAUCUUUGAGAUGGAAUCAGUUGGAAACAUGAAAAAGAUGCAAGCUUUGGGUGAUGAAAGUAAUGAAGUUGGUGGUGGCUCUGGGUAUGGGCUGAGGGAGAAUCCAAAGAGAACAUGGAGAGCUGUGGAUGCAACAUUUGCUUUGCCACAAGAGAGAGUUUGUAAGCAAUGUGGUAAAGGGUUUCAAUCUUUGAAGGCAUUGUGUGGUCAUAUGGCUUGUCAUUCUGAGAAAGAGAAGGUUUUGAGGGACACUAAUUUCUGGACUAGUGAGAAUUCGAAGCUAGGGGAUAGUUAUUCUGAUACUGAGGAGGAGUUGAUGAGGCAAACAAGAUCCAAGACAAGGACUUACAAGAAAAGUGUUGUGAAAUCUUCUGAGUUUGGUCGUGGUUCUUCGUCUGUUUGUGAGGUUCAGCAGCAAGAAAUGGAAGAUGUUGCUAUGUGCUUGAUGAUGUUGUCUAGGGAUUCUUGGAACUGGGGAGGUGUUAAUUCUGUUGUCGAGUCUUCGGAUAAUAAUUCUGUUGUUCUAGAGACUAAAUCAUCUUCCAUUGACAUGAAAGCUGGUAGAAAUGAUGGUGUUUACUUUGGUGAUGAGAUUAUUGAUAAGAAGAAGCUUGGUGAUAGGAAGUUGAAAACUAGUGGCUUGGAUACAGAGAGUUUUCAGUUUGAGAAUUGUUCUUCUGGGUAUUUGAGAAAUGGAGUCAAGAAAGUGGACUCUGACAUUUCAAUUGAUGAGCUUCUUCGAAAUGGUGAAUGCAAAGAUGCUGAACUUGGUAUGAUCUAUAACAGGGGAAAACAUUAUGAUGCUGAAGCAUGUAGGAGUAUGAAGUUCAUGAUGUAUGAUUCGAAGAAGAGAGCUAGAGAUGAUUAUGAGGCUGCAGAACCAAGCAAGAAUGCUCAGAAGAAAAGGAAAUAUAACUGCGUGAACUGCAACAAAAGUUUCAAUUCUUUUCAAGCUCUUGGAGGACACAGGCCAUGCAACAAAAGGACUACUCCAACAUUUCAUUUGGAGUAUGAGAGUGAUGACUACAGCCUUGAGGAUGAAGACAUGGCUCUUGACUCCACACCCAUUCAGCGAUAUGGUUACAAAAAACCGACUUCUAGAGAUUAUUCUGUUGAUGCUAAGAAAAGAAUUAGGCCAAAGAAAGUUAAGGGACAUCAAUGUCCAUUUUGUCCUAAGAUUUUCAAGUCUGGUCAAGCUUUAGGGGGGCACAAGAGAACUCAUUUCAUAAACGCUCCUAUAGAUUUUCACCCUCCAAGUCCAGAUAUCAAUCAAGAGGCUGCUGUGCAAGAGGCUACUACCUGUCGUAACUUACAGGAGGCUACCGCCACUCGCAGUCUGAUCGAUCUUAAUCUACCAGCUCCUGAACAAGAUGACGAGUUGGAUGAAAGCAACAAGUUCAUCUGCUUGGAUUGAAGAAGCUGGAGACAGGAGGUUCUGGUGAGCAUAAGUUGGUUAUAGUUUUUUACAGAUGGCUUUGUAUAGAGAAUUGUUAAUAACCUUUCUCUAUACGCUCUCAUUAUUUUUUGCUGAAAUUUGGAGGAUGUUAGGAAGUGAUAAUAAGCAAUUGUUGCUUAUAUAGACUAAUUGUCCAUUUUUCAGUUUGAUUCUGCAUUUUCUGCUUACAUUUCUGCGAACUCACAGAUUUUACCUUUGGCAAGACAAUCAAUAUUGCCUUUGCUGGAUUAUAAAUUUUGCUUUGGACUA